CCAGCUGUGUCGGUGGUCGAAGUGGAGCUUUCGUCAUGUCUGGCCGGGGUAAAGGCGGCAAGGGGCUCGGCAAGGGCGGCGCCAAGCGCCACCGCAAGGUGCUGCGCGACAACAUCCAGGGCAUCACCAAGCCGGCCAUCCGCCGCCUGGCUCGGCGCGGCGGCGUCAAGCGCAUCUCGGGGCUCAUCUACGAGGAGACGCGCGGCGUGCUCAAGGUCUUCCUGGAGAACGUGAUCCGCGACGCCGUCACCUACACGGAGCACGCCAAGAGGAAGACGGUCACGGCCAUGGACGUGGUCUACGCCCUCAAGCGCCAGGGUCGCACCCUCUACGGCUUCGGCGGUUAAAGCCUCGACGUCCUCCCGGAUCCCCGCAACUUAACACCCAAAGGCUCUUUUAAGAGCCACCCACUUAUUUCUUAAAAAGAGCUGUAUUACAAUGUUACACCUGAGGAAAAAUACAAAGCUUUUUUUAAACCCUUCCGAAACUGUUAACGUAAUGUCGUCAAUGUUCAUGAGGGCUCUCAAAAGUAUAAGUUUGCUGUGAACAGGGAAUUUGGCUCGGGCAUAUGGGGUGGUUCUUUUGUGUUUUAAGUUCUCUUAUAAAUUUGCUUCAUAUACUCAAAGUUCAAGGUGUGUUUUCUCAAUGUCCACCGAUUUAAACAAUUAUGUAAAAUGUUAUUCCACGUCUUGAUUUUUUAAAUUAUAUGUUGAACUUAGGUAUUAAGAAAUGUGUACGCAUAUCUUGAGUCUGGAAAAAUCAGAAUGUUGCCCUGAGGUGAAUGUUUUCUUUCUGGUAUUUCCAUUCCUCCCCCUCGCCCUUAUUUCCUUGCCUAUGAUAUAUUUACUUUUAAAAUAAAAGAGUAAAUCUAAAA